AUGGACCUCAACUCGCCAUUCGCCGAUCCGGAUCGGCCCGAGCCGCUGCCACCGCCAUCCAGCAGCCUCAAAUCCUCUAUCUUUGAACACUCGCGCAUCGUCCACCCAUCCCACAGCGUCCAUACAAGCUACGCUCGCCCGCGGCCAGACAACAUCCGCGAAGAGUCGUCCCACCAGGAUAUCGCAGCGAGCUCUGCCUCGGUGGGUCAGGACACCACGAUUCGGUCCAACACGCUUCGAACUCCAUCUCAAGCAGGUGCUGUUGAAGGGCAAGACGAUGACGACGAGCAGGAUCCCGAGGACCUGCUCUCGGAUGAAGAGAUCGGACUCUUGGCUGGCGAGAUACGUCCCUCCUCGUCGUCGCUUCUGCCCAAAAGCAUGAGUCGCAGUUCGCGGCGAACACGAACAGGAACACGCACACGCACACGCACUGCAUCUUCGCCGUCGCGCUCGCGCGCCUCUGCACUGGGCGGCCUGAGCGCCAAGCAAAAGGCAUUAUGGAUGUGGGCCAACGUGGACAACAUGGAUGCGUUUCUGCAAGAGGUAUACGCCUACUACGUCGGGCGCGGCGCCAUCUGCAUUGCGCUCUCGCGCUCGCUCAAUCUGCUCACGGUGGCGUUUGUCAUCUCGUUUUCGACGUUUCUGUUCGGAUGCAUCGACUACUCGGCCAUCCGGCACAACGGCCAGCUGGGCGAUGUGAUUGUGGGCCACUGUGUCGCGGGCUUCUCUCCACUGACGACGAUGGUGGUGGUGGUGCUGGUGGCGGCAUUCGGGUGGCAGGUGGUGCAGUUUGCGCUGGGCCUGUCGAGGCUCGCUGCGAUGCACCGCUUCUACGAACAGCUGUUGGGCAUUCCAGAUGCCGACGUGCAGUCGAUCGCGUGGCACGAGGUGGUGAACCGCAUCUCGGCGCUGCGCGAGCAGCAUCCCAACACCUCGCUCAGCUCGGCCGACGAGAUGGAGCUGGGCGAGCGCACGGGCGCCUCGGUGCGGCCGCCGCGCGAGCAGCGGCUGGACGCACACGACGUGGCGAAUCGGCUGAUGCGCCAGGAGAACUACCUGAUCGCGCUGUUCAACGAGAACAUCCUGGAUCUGUCGGUGCCUGGGCUGCGCAACCGCAGUCCUGCGCUCACACGCAGCCUCGAGUGGAACCUCAACUUUUGCCUGCUCGGGUUUCUGUUUGACGCCAACGGCCAGGUGCGCACGCAGUUUGUGUCGGAGCGGUAUAGGGCGGAUCUGAUCGAGGGGCUUCGACGGCGGUUCGUGUUCAUGGCGGUGGUGAACGCGAUCUUUGCGCCGUUCAUCGUGGUGUACGUGCUGGUGUACUCGUUCUUCCGCUACUUUGAAGAGUACCAUCAGGAUCCGAGCAAUCUGGGGUCGCGCCAGUAUACGCAGUAUGCGCGGUGGAAGUUUCGCGAGUUCAACGAGCUGCCGCAUCUGUUUCGACGGCGGUGCCAUGCGUCGUAUGCGCCGGCGCACAAGUACAUCGACCAGUUCCCCAAGGAGAAGACGGCCAUCGUGGCGCGCUUUGUGGCGUUUGUGGCGGGCUCGUUUACGGCGGUGCUGAUUCUGGCGUCGGUGAUUGAUCCGGAUCUGUUUUUGCACUUCGACAUUACGCCGCAGCGCAAUGUGCUGUUCUACAUUGGCGUGUUUGGGGCGAUUCUGGCGGUGGCGCGCGGGAUGAUUCCGGACGAGCAUCUGGUGUUCGAGCCCGAGACGAUGCUGCGCGAGGUGAUCCAACACACGCACUAUCUGCCGCCGGACUGGAAGGGGCGUUUCCAUUCGGCCGAGGUGCAUCGCGAGUUCGGACAGCUGUAUACGCUCAAGAUCCUCAUCUUUGUGCAGGAGGUGCUGAGCGUGGUGACGACGCCGUUUGUGCUGUGGCUCUCGCUGCCCGGCUGUGCACCGGACGUGAUCGACUUCUUCCGCAAGUACACCAUCCACGUCGAUGGCGUCGGGCACGUAUGCUCGUUUGCCGUAUUCGACUUUGCGCGCCAGCCGACGGCGAGCACCAUGGGUGGAGCAGCGGCAAGGGGGAUGCGAAGCGGAUCCAACGAGCGACCGCAGCAAAGGAAGAUGCGCAACGGCAUGCGCGAGGGCAAGAUGGAACAGAGCAUCCUGGGGUUCAAGGCCAACCAUCCGGACUGGGACCCCGUGCAGGCGAGCGUGGCCGAUGUGAACGCACACGAUCCACACGAGGCGCGCCGACAUACGUAUGGCGACGGUAGCGGCAAGGCGCAUCCUCCUCCGACCACAGCCACAGCCGAGAGCCGAGGAGCCAAGGUCAAGGAUCUGCUGGAUCACAUUUAUCGCGGAAGAGGUGCGGCUGCAGGCAGUCGAUGGUGA